AUGUCUAAUUCAUAGAGUGUGUAGAAUAGUUUUGAGGAAUUUGAAGAAGUUGAUUACUUUGAUAUUGAGAAUUAUUAAUAUAUUUCUUAGUUGAUAAAGAUGGAAGAAGAUUUUGAAAAAGAAUAAUUAGUAUAUAAUAUAUUUUAAUAAUUUUUAGUUCAUAAAUAGAUUAGAAUUAAAAUUAAAGUUAAUGAUCCCAUUUUUGUUAGAAUAAUUAAAUAAAGAUAAUUUACGAUAAUGCAUAUCAAAUCUAUCAAAAAUAAUAAAGAACAAAUAGUUAAAUGAUUAAUAUGUCAAGGUGAUAAGCAAUAUUAAAACAUAAUAUCAUCGUUUAACUUUGAAAUAAUGUAAACAAGAAAUAGCUUAAAUUCUCUUAUGGCUAUUAUUUGAAAUAGAGAAUUCUUGA